UGAUGAAACAAAACAGUGCAUCAACACAUUAUACCCACAGCACCUCUUCACCCAGAGACUUGGAGGGAUCUGGAAUCUCAAAGACAGAGGAUGACCAAGAGACAACUCAGGCAGAGGGAUUAGGUGUGGAGGUAGUAGAUGAGACCACCACUAAACCACAGGACCUGUUCUCUCUAUUCACAGAUGAGACAGAAAUCAAAGAGACCGAGAGUAAAUCUGAGGCUCUAGGUGUUACAUCCUCAACAAAGUCCACACAGCUCGGGCAAGAAUCUACAUCAACCCAAAACCCUCUAUCCACGAGCACAGCUAAGACAAUAGAAUCAGCUACUGCUUCAUUGUCCGAGCAAAGAAGUGGAGACUUGACAGAACCCUCUAUUUCAGAAAGUGAUGCCACAGAGGGUGAGAGUUCAGGUGAUGACACAUCUGCUAUUACAACAGUCCCACUGCAUACUACAUCAUCUUCAACAGACUCAUUGGUUACAAAAUCAGUAAGCACUGAAGUAACUAAUGGAACCAAGGGGGUUGAGCAGACAGAAGAACCAACAGGCACAGAUGGACCUUCAGCUGGCCCUGUCUCAAGUGUGACAGCGUCAGUGGUCACAUUCACUGAUGAGGAGAGCUCUGGCUACCUGACACCUGAACUGUUAACCAAGGAAUCUACUUCAUCAACAUCACUAGGUUUAGAAGCUUUGAUGAUCACAUCUUCCUCCCCAAUCAUCAGCAUUGACCAAUUCCAAAGCACAACUGUAGGAAAAGUCAUCACACCCACAGAAGAAAUAGAUGAAUCACCCAUAGAAUCUCCCACUGCAGCAGUUGAAAAUUUGGAGCCUUCUGUGGAUCAAGCAACUGGACUAGCAAGCACAUCAACACCAUUUGUCACUGCAUUCACUUACGUAGACAUGGGGGUCUCGGGAAUCUCAGCAGCAGAUGACGACCAGGAGACAAGUAAACCUGAAGGGACAGUUGAGGAGGCACCAGUGGAAACCACCACUAAACCACAGUACCAGUUCAUUGUAGCAACCGAUGAGAAUGAAAUCAGAGAGACUGAGAGCACAUCUGAGAGUCAAAGGAAUGUUUCUUCAAUAGAGAUCACACAGUCCCAAGAAUCCACAUCAACCCAAUCUCCUUCCAUGUCAAGCAAAGGUAAACCAACAGAGGCUUCCACAGCCUCCUUCACAGAGCAGGGUAGUGGUGACUUGACAAUAGACUCUAUAGCUGAGGAUGAACGGAAAGAGCACGAGAGUUCAGGUGAAGACAUCUCAGAUGUGUCCACUAAGCAACCUGCAAGCACGACUGCUCCUCUCCUGUCUAGUCCAGCAACAACAAAGGAGGAAUUUACCACAUUGUUUGUCAGUGGUGACGCCACCCUUGAAACAGCUGUUGAGGUUGAUGCCACUCUAUCAAUCGGCACAACUGCAGACAUACUUAAGUUUAUUUCUAGCGCAGUUCAGACACCGGAAAGUGAGGUGACAGAAAAAGAUGCAAGCAGCACAGAGAAACCAUCAGUUGCUUUAAUUUCAAAUGUAACACUCACAGGCGAUAAAAGCUCAGGUGUCCAGACCCCUGAUAUGUUUACCAAAGAGUCUGUUACUACAACGGUUUCUUCUGAAUACAGCACAGUCAAAGCAGAACAAAUGACGUCCACGACUAAAGUUUCUUCUCUGUUUAGCACUGAGAAGCUAAAACAAAUAGUGACCAGAGAACCUCAUGAAACUGCAACAGCUGAGACUGCAAGACAUGCUACAAAUUCAACUUCUUCUCUGUAUAGCACUGAGAAACCUACCACAGUGCAACAGGACACUGCAACAAAAGACAGUGAAAAGACUGCUACAAUUUCAGCAACUUCUCUGUUUAGCACUGAGAAACCAAGUCAUAUAACGACGUCAGUAUCAAAGGAAAUUGCAACAGUGGAGUCGAUAAUGACUGCUGCUGCUAAUACAUUUUCUUCUCUACAUAGUACAGAGAAAAUUGCUCAUUUUGAGACUACCAUCCCAGAGGAGGAGAGCUCAGGAGAUCUGACUUCUGAUAUGUUUACCUCUCAGUCAGCUGCCACCCCUCUUUCUCCAGUGUAUGGUACAGUCAGACCAGAACAGCCAGGGGCACCAUCAAGUUCUGAAAUGCCAUCAGUUGUUCCUUUUAUUGAUGAAACAGAGACAAGCACCGCCCCCACUUCAGAAGGGGAUAGAAGGUCCAGUGGUUCAACACCUGAGAUGUUCACUAAGGAGUCAUUUGCAACAACUGCAUCCACAUCAGAGUCAGUUAGUGCUUUCACUACAUCAAGACCAACUGUGACCUCAAGUUCAAUCUUGACCAUUACAGAGGACGAUGGUUCUGGUGACCAGACCUCUGAUACAUUUACCAAUGCACCAGUCUCAACGAUUGAGUUUACCAGUAGUUAUACCACUGUUCAUACAUCGACUGGACAGGUGAUUGAACAAACCGGGGCAUCAACACAUUCUACCCACAGCACCUCUUCACCCAUGGACUUGGAGGGAUCUGGAAUCUCAAAGACAGAGGAUGACCAAGAGACAACUCAGACAGAGGGUUCAGGUGAGGAGGUAGUAGUUGAGACCGCCACUCAACCACAUGACCUAUUCAUGGUAGCCACAGAUGAGACCGAAAUCAGAGAGACUGAAAGCACAUCUUGGACUCCAAAUGUUGAUGCUUCAAAAGAGAUCACACAGUCACAGGAAUCCACAUCAACCCAAUCUCCUUCCAUGUUAAUAACAGGUAAACCAUCAGAGGCUUCCACAGUCUCUUUCACAGAGAAUGGUAGUGGUGACUUGACAAUUGACUCUACAGUUGAGAAUGAUGGUACAGAGGAUGAGGGUUCAGGUGAAGACAAUUUAGACGUGUCCACUAAGCAACCUGCAAGCACAACUGCUCCUCUACUGUCUAGUCCAGCAACAACAAUGGAGGAAUUUACCACAUUGUCUGUCAGCAGUGUCACCAGCCUAGAAACAGCUGUUGAGGUUGAUGAAACCCUAUCAUCUGGCACAACUGCAGAGGUACCUACGUUUAUUUCUAUCACAGCUCAGACCCCGGAAAGUGAGGUGACAGAAAGAAAAACAAGCAGUACAAAGAAAUCAUCAGUUGCCUUAAUUUCAGAUGAAAGCUCAGGUGACCAGACCUCUGAUAUGUUUACCAAGGAAACAGCCCAAACAGAAACCAUUGUGUCAAGCACACCAGGCCCAGAUGAUGAGGGUCAUGUCAGCCCAGAUACUGAAACCCCCAUCAGUCCAGAUGCUACACAGCCCCCUGCUACUGUGAAUGAUCGCACAACUAUGACUGAUAGCACAACUAUGAGUGACCGUACAACACACCGAUUCCAUAUAACCGAAAGAGACCAUACUACGACGAGAGCCCGUACACCAGUGAGUGAUCAUUCAACUGUUGGAGACCACACAGUAGCAAAAGACCAAACAACUGUCAGAGACCAUACAACAGUGCCUUUUAGAUCACAGUCAUCCACAUUCACUGCUCUCCCCUCUAUUAUGUACCAGGGUGUUACUGACCAGCAGGUCAUGAUAGUCACAUCAACAAGCAGCCAAACCAAAACUGACCAGACCCCCACCAUGGUGGUGCACGGUACGAAACCAACAACAAGCACAGUUAUCAUAUUUACAGAGGAGGCCGGAGAUGAGGACACACUGUUCUCCACUGUUACAGAGAGCAUGACCACAACCCCUGAGAUUAUCACUAAAGAUGAAACCAUAAUUGACGCUGAUACUGUGGCAAUGGUUGAACUCUCCUCACCUCUCUACCCCACCAUCUUUACAGAGGAAGCAUGGGGAGUCACAGCCAUUACCAUGACACCACAGUCCUCAAUUACAAUGACAAAAGAACCUGAAGGGUCUGGGACAGAUGACUGUUUGUCUUCCACAAUUGACUCACUGAGUCUGGCCACAACACAAAUCCCAUCAGUCACCUCUGUAGAUAUAUCUGCAGAGGCAAGUGCUAAGACAACAAGAAGGUCUGCAAAAGUUAAACAUUCAGAGACUGUGAGAACGACCACCUCGUCAUCUGUAGAGGAUAUUUUUAGUGAGGUGUCUACUUCAGUGUUUGUGUCCUCUGUAACUCAAACCACCCAAACCAGAGCUCUAUCCACGGAGUCCAGCUCUCAGACGGCAUUCACCACACCAACUGUGUUUAUUGAUGAGUUCUCCGGAUAUGGUGUCACUGGUGAGGAGUCUGAUACAGAGCCUACUCCUUCUGCCCCUGUAUCAUCCCAAGCAUCAACUCUCCCCAUAGAUACAAGCUCACAGACCACAGUUAGCAGUGAGGAAUUCCGGACAGAUGCAAUUGAAUUAUCCACCACCCCUUCUCCUAUUACUGUUAAAGCUAGAGUAGAAGACACAUCUGAUGAGCAUUCUGAAGUGGAGGCCACAACAACUUCAUAUAGUGCCAUCCAAGCCACCAAGGUGUCUGACACUCCUACACAACAUACGCCAGUGUCCACUGAAGAAGGCAAAGAGACUGUGAAACCAACCAGCCCAUUGCCUGUUGAUGAGUCUUCAGGAGAAGAUGACUCUGAAGGCUCUGGAUCUGAGACCUUCACCUCUGUAGUGGAGACCUCCCAAACCACAAUCCCCACCUCAACAGCUGCUAAGGAGGGUGAUGCGACAGAGAUUAACAUUCUAGUACCUUCAUCUUUAGAGGAGGGCAUCUCUGGGGAUGACAUGAAGACUUCAAAUCCCAAACCCUCUGAAGCCACUUCCUCCCUGUAUAGCAAAGAUAAACCAUCAGUUGCUUCCAUUUUGGAUUUAACCUCCACAGAUGAAGAAAGCUUUGGUGACCCAACCCCUAAAACGUUUACCAAAGAGUCUGUUACUGUACGUUUACAAAUGACAUCCACAACUACGGUUUAUUCUCUGUUCAACACUGAGAAACCUUCACUUUCUUCCAUUUCGGAUAUAACCUACACAGACGAAGAGAGCUCUGGUGACCAUACCCCUGAUAAUUUUAGUAAAGCGUCUAAAACAACCACAGUUUCUCCAGUUGACAGCACUGUCAAAAUGGAGCAGGUAACAGCCACAACAAUGUCACCUGAAAAAGCAACAGCAGAGAUUGAAAAGACUACAACUACUACAGGGUUGUCUCUGUUUAGGACUGAGAAAACAGAGAAAGCUUCCUCCCAGGCAAGUUUGUCUGUCCAUUCCACUGUUGCGCCAUCUCUAAUGCUCGAUGUGGUGGACCAGUUUGUCACAGAUUUUGUCCCCGAGGUGGACGUGACAAAACCUGAAGAAUCUUCCCAACAGGCUAGGUCUGAGAUUGCAUUUACCCAACAUGCAUUUACCCAUACCGCUGCUAUGUCAGUCACUACAACAGCUUCUUCUGUACACAGCACUGUCAAAGCAGAACAAGUGACAACCACAGUAAGGCCACAUGUGAUGUCACCAGAAGAGACAGCGGCCAUUGAUCCGACAGAAACACCAACAGACUCAGAGGAGUUAGUAACUCCUGGUGUUGAUGACAUAGAAACAGGUUCUACAGAUGAAGAGAGUUCUGGAGAUGAGACAAGUCCGAUGACCACCCAGGAGUCUCCUGUAACAGAAGCUCAUUUACACAGUAGCACAGCCAAGCCAUUGCAGACAUCAACAUCAGCUGUCUAUGAAUCCGUGGCUGACCUUACCUCUCCUGAAACAACUGAUGAUAGUGAAGAAACCAAACAGACAGACCUAACUAACACAGGACAGCCAUCAGAUAUUGCCAGUUCAGUGAAAAGCACAGUGAUCUCAGUCCUAUCUGAUAAAGAUAAGGAGAGCUCAGGUGACCAAACCCUUGACAUUUUUACCAAAGACUUACCAACUACUACAGUUUCCUCUCUGUUUAGCACAGAGGAACCUACAACAACAUCACAGGAAACUGUAACAGAGGAGACUGAAGUCACUGAGCAAACUGAGAGACCAUCAGGCUCUGGAAAACCAUCAGCUACCAUCUCUGUCUUACCUUCCACAGAUGACCAGAGCUCGGGUCACCAGACAAAUGAGGGUUUCACUACAGACGCUUCUUCAACAGAAGAUCCUCUCUUGGCUAGCACAGUGCAGGCAAUUGCCUCUGUCUAUUCCACUGAGGCAGCAUCAGAGUCUGACGUGGUGGUCCAGUUUGUCACAACAUUUGUCCCCAAACCAGACAUGACAACACCAGAGGAAUCGUUUGAACAGGCCAGGUCGGAGAUAACAUUUACUCAUAGUCCUCAUACUGAUCUCUCUUCUGAGGAAACAACAUUGCCUACAACCAGUCCCAUGAUGCUUAAGGAAGAUUCAAGCCAGUCUUUAGAAACUAUAACUGCACCUGCACAGAGCUCAGAAUUAACUUUUGUCUCUACUGCUUCUCCAUUGAAGACUGAUGCUGUUUUACCCACACCAGACGCAGAGGAACAAGUUGAAGCUUCAAGCCAGGUACCUACAACAGAGGAGGCAGAGGGCAGCUCCGAACAAGAGGCUGUGGUUGAAGAGACAAGCGUUCCUAUCAUUGUUUCUCCUCUAACUGAGAAGGUAUUAGAAACUAAAGUGAACAGCACACCAUCUGUAAUGACAUACAUUGAUGAAAUGGUGGACUAUGAAAGUACCUCAGAGCCAGUACAGGUUAAAUCUAUACCUUCCAUCGUUAUAACCACCACAAAGCCUGAGGUGGAAGCAACAGCGCUCAGAACUGUCCCAACACAGAAUGUCCCAACACAGAAUGUCCCAACACAGACUGUCCCAACACAGAAUAUUCAGAGUGUGUCAUCGAGUUCAGAGAGCAGUUCAGAGAGCAGAUCAGAUGAACUGUCCAGCCCAUCUGUGACUCAAUCAGUAUUAGCCUCCUACAGCUCAGAAAGCAGUUUGGAGGAAAAGUUGACAAUUGCAUCAACCUUGAAGCCAGAGAAUGACACAACAGAGGAGACCACCCCAUCCCUCUUUGUGACUCAGACAGAACUGACAGCCGCCGUCACUGGUUCACCCUCUCUCACGACUUCUAGUGUUGAAAUUAAGUCAGCCGGUUCUGAGAGCAGUCCAGAAGAAAAUACAGUUUCUGAGAAGCCAGAGAUUGACACUGUGGAGGAAACCACCCAAUCGUUGGCACAGAUUCAGACCGGGGUUUUGCCAGGUGUCACCAGUCCACCAUCUCGCCAGUCUCCAGCCGACCCCGGAGCGGAGUCCCUUAGUGUCGUAAGCUCCUCUGAGAAACAUGAAGCACAGGGUAAAAUUGAGGAAGUUGUUACUCCUACCACGGAGAUGCCAACGAGGGAAAAGCCAGAGUACACAACUGAAUCGCCAGCAGGAACACAGAACCAGCCAGAAUCAGUUGCUACAAUCCACAGUAUUCCUUCAUCUGUGUCUGCGGAGGAGGAAACCGUGGACUAUGAUAAUGUAUCAGGACCUACGUUAGUCGAGGGUGAACCCCCCAUCAAGGGAGUAGAAACUACCACUUCAGCUGAGACCAGACUGGAUUUGGGGAACACGAUCGUUGGCGAGACAAUUGAAAUUGCAGGCAUCCACUCCUGCACUGAGAACAUUUGUCUGAAUGGAGGCUCUUGCUACAGACGCGGAAGUGUCCCCUCUUGCAGCUGUGCCCCUGGCUACAGUGGAGAUCGUUGUGAAACAGACAUUGAUGAAUGUCAGUCCAACCCCUGUCACAACGGAGCUACAUGCAUUGACGGCCUGAAUUCCUUCACCUGUGUUUGCCUCUCAAGCUACGCUGGACUCUAUUGUGAAGAAGACACUGAGACGUGUGACUAUGGCUGGCACAAGUUCCAGGGCCACUGCUACAAGUACAUCCCCCAGAGGAGGAACUGGGACACAGCGGAGAGAGAGUGCCGGGUACAGGGGGCACACCUGGCCAGCAUCCUCUCCCAUGAUGAGCAGCAGUUUGUCAACCGCCUUGGACAGGACUACCAGUGGAUCGGCCUGAACGAUAAGAUGUACGAGAAUGACUUCCGCUGGACCGACAGCACGCCCAUGCAAUAUGAGAACUGGCGUCCCAACCAGCCAGACAGUUUCUUCUCAUCUGGAGAGGACUGUGUGGUGAUGAUCUGGCAUGAGGAUGGCCAGUGGAAUGACGUGCCUUGCAACUACCAUCUCACCUUCACCUGCAAGAAAGGCACAGCCAUUCAUUCUCCCAUCAACCCUUGUGUGUUCUUCCCAGUGGCCUGUAACCAGCCCCCUCUGGUACAGAACACUCGUACCUUCGGCAGAAAGAGAUCACGCUAUGAGAUCAACGCACUAGUGAGGUACCAGUGUAGGGACGGUUUCAUCCAGAGGCACGUGCCAACCAUCCGUUGCCGUGAAGACGGCCGAUGGGACAUCCCCAAAAUCGCCUGCAUGAGUCCAUCAAACUUCCAGAAGGCCUUUGCGAGGAGGCAGAGUUACAGCCUGUUCAGUAGCAACAAAUAUAAGCGGCGGUCUGACGAGGCGGUGGCCCGACAUCAUCCUCACCAUCGAGGAAGGAGAGAGCGGAGAGGCAGAAGACAAGCAGAAGACAAUGAUCGCCAUGGUUACGCUAGGUUACGUUUACUCAGCACUAGCAGAGCCUAAACCAUAGGAACGCAGGACUGUUAGUUAUGUGGAUAUAUAUUUAUUUUAUUUUAUAUAUAUCGAAUUAAAACAUUUUAAGAACUUUAAAGAAUGAAAGGACAAAAAGAAGAAACCCAAAGGAUAUUUACAAUUUUUCUUGCAAUUUUGAUGGUGGAAUCUUGGAAUGAUGUGAUUUUAAAGAAUAUUCUUAUAAAGGGACACUAUUUUAUAACAAAGCCAAAGUCGAUACCUUCAGAUGGCUACUGGGAAAGUGUGCUGGAGAUGUACUUUGGACCAAAUAAUGCAUUCAUCCGCAACUAUACGAUUUUCUCCAUUUUAUACAGACAGGAGAGCGUUCAACUCUUACAUUGGGAAAAAGAUACCGGCAAAUUCCAGCUUUUGUGAAAUUAUAGCGCUUAUGUUAUGCAAAAGAAUACAAUUAAUUUACAAAUAGUCUGUGCUACGCAGGCACUGACAAUCAAAUGAAUCCACAGUACACAAUCCAUCUCUCUCUUCUCUACAUUAUUCCGGGAAUGACAUUUCAAAGAAAGAGGUUCUAUACUUGUGUUUAUCUUGUUGUUACACAUGAUUACCCUAUGCAAUUUAUACAGAGUUUUUCAUCCAAUACCACACUUGGGACUAUCUGAUGACACACGUCACUGACCAAUCGGAUUUCAGAUCACAGAAAGAAAAACUGAAACACGGCGAAGGCCCAUCCAAUCAGAAUUUAGAUAGCUGGAGUCCUUUUAUCACUAGCUCUUUGUCAUCAGCUGCAUUCUUCAUCCCGUCUCAUCCAUAGAUAUAUAAAGAAUAUAUGAUGCGAUGAUAAUGGGUUAAUAUUUGUGCACAUCCAUUUAACACUUUUGGUUUCUAUUGUAUGUUGAGAAACUAGAGAGGAGAUUUCUAAGUAUUAUUUGACUGAGGGCCAAAUGAGUGUCUCCUCCUAAGCCCUAAAGGCCUUAUACAUUGAAGUGAAGCCAUCGACCUGUAAAUUAUUUGACUGUGUUGAAUGAAACUAUAGAAGGGAAAGGAGGGUUAUGGAAUGUAUGUUUUCUAGACAAUAUAACCUGGAAUUCCUUGCUACGUUUACAACAAAUGCGAGGUAUUUUAAUGUUACUAAAACAAUGUUAUAAAAAUCCUUUAAAAAAUGAGCUUUGCUUCUGUUCUGCCCGAGGGGGUAAUUUUUCUGUUUCCUUACACUGUAGGCGACUCAAGCUCUUCGCUUCCAUGUGCUGUUUUCUUAGGUCAAUGUAAAACUACUAUUGAGAGAAUGUACUUAGUGAAACACUUCGAAAGACUUGAACAAACACCUUUUUUAACAAAAGAUACAAAUAAUUUAUUUUUUCAAGCUGCUCUUCUUGCUACGUAAUUGUUUUGUAAGUGAAAUAUUCUGACGAUGCAAUCACUUGGUCUUACUUGUCUCAAUACUAGAAUGUAUUUACAUGCUUUGUAGGAGACAGCUAACAUCGCAGUAUCUGAGUCAAUGUGAUGAAGAUAUUCCUUUACUACACACUACGCUCGAUAGGCCUUAUAGUAUGACAUUUAGGGGUCAACAAUGGAGCAAAGAGUAGGGCUUCAAUCAGCUGAAAUUGCAGUGUUUCUGUCACAAAACACUUUGUACAGAUUUAGUGUUGCACAAUUGAUGACGGUCAUCCAGCAGUUGUUGUUUGUCUUUUUUAUUUGUGUUUUAGCAUCAAAGUGCACAUAAUAACAUUUACAGUAUAACUUUUUUUUUUACAAUGUGAAAGUCUGGGAUGUUCGAGAAAUACAUUUCUAAAUGAAACAAAACUGUUUUACCUGCUCUCAGUUUCCAAAGAAAUAAAAUAAAAAGUUUGCAAAUUUUA